AGAGCCUUCGCCUCCGCCUUUUUCUCUAGUUGUUGAAGUCGUUUUUUUUCAAGUUCUUCCUACGAUCGAAAGUACAAGUUAUGGAUAUAAGUAAAAGUUGAACACUUUCAAACGCGCAAGUCAAUGAACGCGUAGAAUAACGAAUGUCGUGGGUAACCAGUGGUGUAGCUAUAUGUAGAUUGUUUACUGGAAGAUUGUUGGUAGUGCGAAAAAUGUCGAAACAGACUUCAAAGAAAGCUGGUAAAGCUCAGAAAGCAGCAAAAGUAGAGGAACCUCCACCCGGUCCAGUUACCGUCAACAAAGACGGAAAUGUUACCAUAAAAAUUCAAGCUAAACCGGGAGCUAAGCAUAACAACAUAACAGAUAUUUCAACGGAAGCAGUAGGUGUUGCGAUAUCAGCGCCCCCUGUAGAGGGUGAAGCAAAUACUGAAUUAGUCAAAUAUUUGGCAGCUGUGCUGGGCAUGAGGAAAUCAGACGUUUCUUUGGACAAGGGAUCUAGAAGCCGUCAGAAAACAGUUAUCGUAACGGGAACAACUGUAGAUAACGUUUUACAAAAAUUGAAGAACGAAAUGACAAAUUGAGCGUUGUUAUUAAUAAAAAUAUUAACAAAAGGUUCAAUAAUAUACUUCGAGUGAGUUUGUUGGUCAAUAAUAUAUUUCAUUUAUUAUCACAAUAUUAUUAUUAUUAAUAUUAUUAUUAUUAGUUUUAACGUGAUUCUUACUUAUAACAUACAUCUUUAUUAUUUAUCUGUUAUGCAUUUGUAUUAAGUACAGUGUAUUUAUUACACAGCUGUAUGGCAGUUUUAUAAGGGUCAAUAAUGCAUCCUUUUUUUGCGUUUCCAUCUAA